AUGAGGGAAUACCGUUUGCCCCGGGAGGAAGGGGAAUCGCGGGCGGGCGAUGAGAAUGACCCCGGCGAGGGGCGCGGGGGGCCCGGCAGCAUCCUCCCGCCGCGGCGGAGCGGGUCGGGGCUGCCUCCGCGGACAAAGAUGUUGCGGCCACCCCUGGGGGAGUCUCUCUGGGAUGAGUCUUUCCUGCAGGCUGUGAUCCGAGCGGGGAGCGGCGAUUACCACGUGCUAUUAGCUCGCCGGUUUGGUACAAAGUGCGCCCGCUGCGGCAGGCAGAUCUACGCCAGCGACUGGGUGCGGCGAGCGCGGGGCAACGCCUACCACCUCGCCUGCUUCGCCUGCUUCUCCUGCAAGCGGCAGCUCUCCACCGGUGAGGAGUUCGGCUUGGUGGAGGAGAAGGUGCUGUGCCGGAUUCACUACGACACCAUGAUAGAGAACCUCAAGCGAGCAGCGGAAAACGGCAACGGGAUCACGCUGGAGGGGGCUGUGCCCUCGGAGCAGGACAGCCCGCCAAAGCCAGCCAAGAGGGCCCGCACCUCCUUCACUGCCGAGCAGCUGCAGGUCAUGCAGGCACAGUUUGCUCAGGACAACAACCCCGACGCACAAACGCUUCAGAAGCUGGCGGACAUGACGGGGCUGAGUCGGAGAGUCAUUCAGGUUUGGUUUCAAAACUGCAGAGCCCGCCAUAAAAAACACACCCCCCAGCACACAGUGCCGCCCUCGGGAGCCCCCCCGUCCCGCAUCCCUUCUUCGCUCUCCGAUGACAUUCACUACUCGCCCUUCAGCAGCCCGGAGCGAGCCCGGAUGGUGACGCUGCAUGGAUACAUAGAAAGUCAGGUACAGUGUGGACAAGUGCACUGUAGACUUCCCUACACUGCUCCACCAGUGCACCUCAAAGCAGACAUGGAAGGACCACUAUCUAAUAGGGGUGAGAAGGUCAUCCUCUUUCAGUACUGACUGCGCGAACUCUUCCUCAUCUGCCCAUGGCGCUACCAGCACCACUGCCCCUCAGCCGCUGAAACACAGCGUCCAGCCCAAGGCAACUGUUAUCAGUCAUGCA